AUGUUGGCGCUGGCUAUCAAAGCAGAAUUGAAUGGAGUCACGGACCUCAUACCUCAGGACAGCGAACAGAACCCUUUUUACUACACCUUCAAGGUGCAAUGUACAUCUUGUCGAGAGGUGCACCCCAACUGGGUUUCGGUGAGCCGCCAUGAGCAAAAUGAGCAAUCUGGUAGCCGCGGAGAGGCCAAUUUCGUGUGGAGGUGCAAGAACUGUAAGAGAGAGCAUUCGGCCAACAUUCUCGAAGCGCCGAAAUCCUAUGCGCAACAAGAUCCGCCAAAGCAGAUGAACGUGAUCAUCAUGGACUGCAGAGGCCUGGAAUUUAUCGAGUUCAAAGCAGAUGGCGAAUGGCAGGCCGUGGGCCUCGAGUCCGGCACCAAGUUCUCGGGCAUCGAUCUGACCGAAGGCGAGUGGUUUGACUAUGACGAGAAGGCGGGGGAGGAAGUGAGCAUCACGAAUGUUCAAUGGGACAUUCGAAGAGCGUGA